AUGACCAUGAUGAUGGAAAAGAGUAAAAACGAGACCCUAUUGUGGGAUCUAAGAGAAUUGGAUGUAAAUAGUAAAUGUGCAGAUUGUACAGAUAGUUUUCCAAGAUACUUAAAUACAACUUUUGGAACUUUUGUUUGUUCAGUUUGUGGUGCUAUUCAUCGAGAAUUAGGAUUUAGAGUAAAGACAUUGUCAUCUGAUAAGUUUUCAGAUGAAGAGGUUGAAAAGUUAAAGAGUACUGGUAAUGAAAAGGCAAAGGAGGUAUGGAUGCAUUCAUGGACUGAUAAGCAGUUUUCAAUUCCAUUGCCAUCGGAUGAGAAACGUGUUAGAGAGUUUAUAAAGAUGAAAUACAUUGACAAGAAAUGGUUGGACAAGAGUGUAUCGGCCGACAUGUUAAAGUCACCAAUGAGAGCAUCGGCCAAUACAACUCCCAAAGCUGUCAGUAUCUCUAAUUCUCCCAAGACCAUGUCAUCCAACACACCAUCAUCAUCAAAUGUUGCUCACAUGACUCCAAAAUCAUUGUCUGUCAACAACUCAUCAUCAGAGAGAAAGACAAAUGUUGAUUCUAGACAAUCCCUCUCAAGAGAAUUUGAAAGUUUAUCAGUCUUGUCAAACAACAAUAAUAAUAAUGAUUCAACAACAAGAAUUGAUACUUCAUCUGCAUCCACACCAUCAAAGAUUAAUAGUUCAAAUUCUUCAUCUUCAUCUUCAUCUGAUGGUGGUAAACCAUUUAAUCCAUUUAGAGAAGAGAAUGCUUAUUUCAAUGAUAAACCAGCUUCUGCCAAUACAAAGGAAUCAUUCCCACCAUUCUCAAAGGAACCAUUUGAUCAACACCAUUAUCUCAAAGAGAAAUCUUCAUUCUAUCAAAAGGUUACACUUCAACAACCCACACCAAGAUCUCCUCCAACCAGUAUCCAUGACAAAAAGAACCAACAACAAGGAACUGAAAAGAUGGAUCAACUUUUAUUACAACAACAACAAAUUCAACAACAACAAUUACAAUUACAACAACAACAAUAUCAUUUACAACAACAAGCCAUGAAUAAUAAUGGAAUGACGAAUAAUAGUAUGAAUGGUAAUGGAGGAAUGAAUAAUAGUAAUAAUGGUUUCUUUAAUCAAUCACAACAACAACAACAACAACCAAUGUUGGCUUUACCUGCACCAAAUCAAAUGAAUAAUAAUCAACAACUUUUAUCAAGUGGUCAAUCAUUAUUUAGUGAUUUAUUACCUCAACAACAACAAGCACAACAACAACAACAAAUGAUGUUGCAACAACAACAACAACAACAACAACAACAACAACAACAACAACAACAAGCACAACAACAAAUGAUGUUACAACAACAAGCACAACAACAAUAUCACCAAAAUCCAUAUGCAAAUCAACAAGUUUAUCAUAAUCAACAUCAACAACCAAUAUUAUUUUUCCAUCAAUCAACAACAACUACAACAACAACAAAUGAUGAUAAUCAAAAGGUAGGAGGAGAAGCUGUUUUCCCAGAAUCAUCAAAUGGAGUUUCAUUUGAAAGUGGAAAUAGUUUAAAUAAUUUUGAUGAUGAACAAAACAAGGCAUGGAGAGAUAUUGAAGAAAAGAAACGUCAAUACCUCCAAGAUCAUGAUUUGGCAAUCGAGUUGCAAAACAAGGAAAACCAAGCAUCUGCUGAAACUAGAGCCCGUAGUAGAACUGAACCACCUCCAAGAAGAACCAAUUUGGAUUACAAUUCUCAACCCAAUAGUAAUAGUACUGGUGGUAGAAGUAAUAGUAAUAAUGGUAACAAUGGUAAUAGAAAUCGUUCAUCAUCAACAGACAAUGAUUAUAGAGCCAAUUACAACUAUGAAGAUUUGUAUAGCAACAAUAAUAAUAAUUAUGAUCCAUCAAGACAAUCAUCAAGUCGUCAACCAAGCACAAGAGAUUCAAAUACAUCAUCUGGAGAAGCUUUCCAUCCGGCCAUAGGUAGAUAUCAAUGUUUUGGUGGGUACAAUGACAACCAGAAUUAUGAAGGUUAUCAGACCCCCCAAUAUAACGACAAUAUCCGUGGCAGCGGUAAACACCGUCACCAUAAAAGCAUAAAUAAAUUUCAAAAUACUCCAUAUUCUUCCUAUCAUUCUACCCAUAAUAAUCAUUUCACAUCUUCUAACCAAUCUCAACCACCAACUCAACGAAAACAGGAUAUUAAUAUUAAUAAUAAUCAUUCAAACUUUAAUGCUAACCACCGUGAUAUCAACUAUAAUAAUCAAACAAAUAAUAAUAAUAGAGGCAUGGUUCAAUAUCAAGCCGAAACGCAGCAACAACAACCUCAACCUAUACCAAUACGAAAAUUAAUGGAUUGUGAUUUGUGUGGAGUGAAACUUUUCCAUGAUCAAUUGCCUCAACACAAAAAUAGGGAUUGUUUAUUUAGAAAUGUAAAAUGUCCACUCUGUAACAACGUUGUCCAGUACCUACAAUACCAAGACCAUCAUGAUAUUUGUCAAUCCAAAAAAUAUACUUGUGGUGUAUGUGGUAUAAUUUAUUUGGGUAGAGGUAUGAAAAUUGAAAUUGAAACUGAAACUCCCUAUUCUUUCUACUCUUUAUUCUAUUUCUACUCUAUCUAA